UAUUAAAUGUUUUUCUCUGAACUUGCCGUUUCUCUAUAUCUCGCCACUGGUAUGAACCCAAGGCCCGAAGCUCUUUCUCUCUCUUAGGGUUUCACUCGCUUCUCCAUCUCUCUCUGUUUUACCUUUUCUAUUUUUUGUGCUGAUGAUAAAAGAGAGACAUACAGAUGGUGUCUUUUUUGUUUUCCUAAUUCUUAAGCCAACAAAUUUAAGUUAAUUAUUAAGGCAUAUGGAAAAUUUUGCAGACAGAUAAAAACAUGGCAAAGACACUGUCAAAUAUAGUGUUGAAGAGCAUAGCAGGUCUUUCUGCAGCGCGGUCCAGUCGACUUGUGUCUGGAUCCUACUGCCACAAUGGAAUGAGAUACUCAACUACUGUGCCUAAAGAUCCCGACACACAUGAAGAUUUUCAACCAAAUAAUAAGCUUGAGAAUUCCGGAUUGUCUUUAAAGGAUGUUGUUGAGCAGGAUGUCAAGGAUAACCCGGUAAUGAUUUAUAUGAAAGGGGUGCCUGAUCUUCCUCAAUGUGGAUUCAGUGCUCUAGCAGUAAGAGUACUUAAACAAUAUAAUACACCCUUGAGUGCAAGAAAUAUUUUGGAGAAUCCUGAGCUGAAAAGUGCUGUAAAAUCCUUCAGCAAUUGGCCCACAUUUCCGCAGAUUUUCAUUAAGGGAGAGUUCAUUGGUGGUUCAGAUAUAAUUAUGGAUUUGCACCAGAGCGGCGAACUUAAACAAAAGCUGCAAGAUAUUGCUACCAAUGAGAAGUCUAAUUAGUUAAUCCCUUUUAUUGGAGAGACCAUGUGCUUUUCUAGUCUGGUUCUUUUUACACAAAGCUGUUUUUUAUUUGUUUUCAGAAGGAUAAGAUGGAACACCCUGUUUACGUUUCUCUUCUAUGUGCUGCAUUUCAGAAUGGUGGAAAAAUUUUUGUUAUGGAGAUUUCAAUUAGCAUCACAUCAAUUUGUUAUCA